AUGCCAGGCAUUGCCACGGUUUACCCUGAUGGCACGCCUGGCAGUCCAGUCAUGUGGUUGCUGCGCACAAACACGGCAGAACUUCGAUACUUCAACAGCCCACACGAUGUCAAAUCUUACGCGAUUCUGUCGCACGUCUGGCAGGAGCACGAACAGUCCUUCCAAGAUCUUCAGGCGCUCCACACGCAGCUCGCGUCCACCGGCCAGGCCGAUAUACUGCGUUCGCACGUCUCUGACAAGAUCAGGGAGUGCUGCGCGCUCGCGGAGUCGCAUGGGUACGAAUGGCUCUGGAUCGACACCUGCUGUAUCGACCGUUCUAGCAGUGCCGAGCUCUCCGAGGCGAUCAACUCCAUGUACGAGUGGUAUGCGCAGGCGCAGGUCUGCUACGCAUAUCUUCAUGACGUACCCCGUAUCGAUGACUUCCACGCCCGCGACUUGGCAAUACGACACAGCAAGUGGUUUACACGGGGCUGGACGCUGCAGGAGCUCAUCGCUCCCCGGAGCCUCCUGUUCGUUGCGCAGGACUGGACGAUGAUCGGCACCAAAGCGAGCCUAGCGUCCCUCCUCGAAGGCAUUACCGGGGUCGAUGCGGAUGUGUUGACGUUCCGCCGCGAGCUAGGCGACGUGAGCGUCGCGCGGCGGAUGUGGUGGGCUUCAGCGAGGAAAACGACGCGCAUAGAAGACGAAGCAUACUGCCUUAUGGGUAUCUUUGGCGUGCACAUAGCGACCAUAUACGGCGAAGGGCGCCGGGCGUUCCAGCGCCUCCAGGAGGAGAUCCUGCGGCGGACGUCCGACCAAACCCUGUUCGCAUGGGGAAACGUCCUACCCAUUCGCACCGUUCCAUUCCAGGAGCAGAUGGUUUAUAGCGACGAUCAUAAUUACAGCUACAUGUUUGCCCCCUCCCCGGAAGCCUUCGCGGCCUCUGGCAAAAUGAUCCCCGUUCCCAUGAACGUCGCAGUGGAGAAUACCGUCAAUGUGCUAGGUAUCACCCACCGUGCACUGGAAUCCUCCCAGGAUGCUACGCAGCCCAAAGCCGCGCACCCAGACCACAGCCACACGUGGAAUAUACCGCUGCCAGACUUCACGGUCACAAGCCAUGGCGUGCGCGCGCACCUGCUCGUCAUCGAAAGUCCCGCCAAGUUGGACCAGUCUACGCUCGCCAUAGUUUUGCUCGCAUGUCAGGACACCGCGACGGGUGCGUUCGUCGGCCUACUCCUUCGUCACCGCGUCGACGAUGAAAUCGGAUUGCGUUGGCCGCGCUACCACGUCGGGGUGACCCUACGCUUGCACCCCGGGACGCGCACCCGCUUCCGCCUCGGGCGGGUAGACUGGGCGCGGCACGCACUCUCGUUCAAGAGCAGCGGGAUCACCGCGAGAUGGCAGCGCCUCUACAUCGCGUUCCGCCCUCCGUCGCGCGCGCCCCUGCUGGAGAAGGCGCGCACAGACGCUGCAUUCAAACUCCUCUUCCCGCGCUGGAUGGAGGUCGAGCUCGAGAAGGAGGGCUUCAGGCGGGACACGCGACUGUCGACUGCGUGCGGGGAGGCGGAGCGGAUCGGCCAGGGUGCGCUUGCGACAUUCACGUUCAGGCAUGAGCGCCUGCCGGAGGCGUUUAGGAUCUACGUUGGGUUGUGCAAGAAGACGCCGUGGGCCACUGCAGCCUUCCUCGGUGACACCCUGUUAUCAAAACGAUAG